AUGGCAACAGCACUUCAAAGCCCUAGAGCGCUCUGCGCCCCGGACUCUCGUAUCUCUCUCACCCACUAUUGCACUGUCCUCGGUAUCUUCCAACUCCAUCUAUAUGAUAUAUGGCCGAUCAUCGACGCAGAAGAUCUUCGUUUGCAAUUAAGCGGCGAGAAAGCAAUUGAGCCCGGUUCUCACUCAAUGGCAGCGGCCUUGUGUGCUGCAACGUUGGCACAAACCCGACUCUGGCUUAUACAAGAUCCAUGCCCCGAAGGUCUUGCUGUGACAGCCCACGAAUUUGCAAAGGAAUGUCUAACAGUUCGAUUGGAGCACAGCUACAACCAAGAACCAUCACUUCAAGCUCUUGCGACAUCUAUCUUCCUUCACAUGUACUAUGCCAAUCAAGACCAGGUCACACCAGCUACAAUCUCUCUUCGUGAAGCUAUCACAUACGCGGACCUAAUGCACCUAUGUCGUGAUGAACCGGCCGAUGCGAUACAACAGAAGCAAUGGCAAUUGGAGCUGCGGAGCUACUGGGUCCUUUUCAUCACUGAGAGGACCUUCUGCAUCCAGCAUGACCUUCCAAUCACCCUAUAUAGGAUGCCCGAUCUUCCCGAAAUUGAGCACAACAGUCCUAAUGGUGAUCUAUAUGCUGGCUUUUGCACGCUCGUCAAGCUUUUUUAUCACAUUCAACGCCCUAUUUUUCACCCUUUGUCUAACAGUAAAGCUAUUGAAGCGCCGGAGACAUACUCCAAGAACGCGAUAUCGGAGAUUCAACAUCUCAUUGAGGUCAAACAGCCUGGACUUGAGGUGAGAUCUGAAACUCAGUAUGUGGAUAUUCAGACUACUUCCGCGUGGAUUCGCUCUCUACUCUGGCAAUACUCUGCCUCGCACUUUAUGCUUUCGUCGGCGACGUCAAUCGAGCCCUUAUCAUUUGACUACCCACUCUCGAUUGCUAGAGACUAUUUGACAUCAAUCUCCCACGUGUCAAUUGAAUCUGUGCGUAGUCAUGGCUAUGGAAUGGAGAUCAAGCUGCUUCAAGUUGCAAAUCCCAUUUUGGACUUGUUACUUUGUAUGCCACAUCUGCCUAUAAACACGGCGUCUCAUCCCGGUCCACUUGAUGCUGUUGUCGCCAUAGAACAUCUUCUAUUAAAUGAGGAUGAUCUGGAAGAAGCUUUCACUUUGUAUUAA